AUGCUUCGCCCAUUAAGUCAACAUUCAACGCGUACGUGCCCUGUUUAUGUAACUUCUUCAUCUUUUAAUCAAAAUGCUUUAUUUUCUACUGGUCUCGGUCGCGGUUCAAUGGAUCAAAUUACCCUUGGAGGAAAAUCUAUCUCCUUAAGUCAGAGGUUAAAGAAGAAUUCAGAAGUAAAUGGUAAUACAAGGUUGGACACAAAGGUAAAAAAUGCUCGACCCGGUCAAUUUGAGGAUGCGAUUGAAAAAGGGAAAAAAACAUUUCAAUCUUUAGCUGAGCCAAUACAAGAACCACUUAAACAAAUGUAUGAAGAAUAUAAAUCAUCAUCACCGCUACCACCAUUAAGACGCGAAGGAAGUGCUACCCAACGAAAACAAGAUAAUAAUCGAGGAAUGCACAAAACUUUAAUGAAUAAUUCGUCACGAACCGAUUCAAAGAUGAAUCAAAAGAGUCGAUAUAAAAGAAAAUCGGAACAUAAAUAUGAAAUGCGAUCAAGUAUACCACCACCGCGACAAACUGAUUUUGUGGUGCAAGAUAUCAAUUGGUCGGAUUUUAUUAAUUCAAGUACGAACAAAUUAAGUGUUCCAGAUACUUUGGAGAAUAGUCAAGACGAACAAGCGGCAUUACGGUUAGAAUUGGAGGGUGGGGAUUAUGAUCGUUACCUUUCAUUUCCAAAAUCUAUGCAAGGAAAAUUCAACCUUGACAAUGAUUUAACCAAUUCUUUACAAAAAGUCAUAGGUCAGAAUCCUUCUUAUAACCUUUCAGAGAAAAAACUGUUUUAUGAAGCUUUGUUGCAAAAUUUGAAUAAUCAGAAAACUCGUGAAGAUGCCCAAAGACAGCUUGAGCAAGCAGAAACGACUAACUUUCCCAUGUAUGUUGCGAUGCUCUGUCAAGAGCUUGCAAAUGAACAGUCGUCACAGUAUACUCGAAACGCGGCUGGUAUAGCUUUGAAAAAUACUCUGUCCUCGUCGGAGGCGUCUAGAAGAAAUGAAAUGAUACAAAGAUGGUUAUCGGUGGACGAGGCAACAAGGCAACAAAUUAAACAAGCGGUACUAACCACGUUGGCAUCUUCAGACACAAGAGCUGCGACCACAGCUGCACAGGUUAUUGCUGCGAUUGGAGCUAUCGAACUUCCUAUGGAAAAUCAGUGGCCUGAUUUAAUGAAAAAUUUGUUAGAAAAUGUUACCACAACUAAUAAUAGUACCCUCAAGAUAGCAACCCUGACCGCGAUUGGUUAUAUUUGUGAAUUGAUCGAUCCUAUUAUUUUGGCACCUCAAGCUGGAGCCAUCCUUACUGCAGUUGUAUCAGGUGCCAAAAAAGAGGAACCCAAUCAAGAUGUUCGUAAAGCUGCAAUUGAUGCUCUUUACAACUCGCUCGAGUUUAUUCGUGACAAUUUUGAACGCGAGGGCGAACGUAAUUACAUAAUGCAAAUUGUUUGUGAGGCCACACAAAGCUCUGAUGUAAAUGUGCAAGUUGCUGCCUUUGAAUGUUUGGUCAGAAUAAUGCAGAUUUAUUAUGACAAGAUGAGAUUUUAUAUGGAAAAGGCUUUAUUUGGUUUGACCGUCCUUGGAAUGAAAAGUGAAGAUGAAAGAGUUGCUUUGCAAGCUGUCGAAUUUUGGUCAACAGUAUGUGACGAGGAAAUCGAAUUGGCCAAUGAAGCUUUAGAGGCUUCGGAUGCAGGAGAAACUCCGGAUCGUUUAAGUCAUAACUUUGCAAAAGCUGCUUUACCUGAAAUAUUACCUGUCCUGCUUUGGCUUCUCACUAAACAAGAAGAAGAUGCCGAUGAAGACGAUUGGAAUGUUGCAAUGGCUGCUGGAACUUGUUUAUCACUUUUGGCUCAAUGCGUUGAGGAUGCCAUCGUUACGCCCGUGAUUCCGUUCGUAGAAAGUCAUAUUCGUAGUGCAGAUUGGCGUUUCCGGGAAGCAGCUAUUAUGGCCUUCGGAUCCAUUUUAGAAGGCCCCGAACACAAAAUGUUAACUAAUUUGGUAAAUCAAGCUUUGCCAGUUCUGAUUGACAUGAUGAAGGAUGAUUCAGCUCAGGUUAAAGAUACGACUGCUUGGACCCUUGGACGCGUUUCAGAAUUGUUGAUUGAAUGUAUUAAGCCUGAUGAACAUCUUCAAAGCCUUGUUUCCGCACUUGUCUUGGGAUUAAGAGAUUCGCCAAGAAUUGUCUCAAAUUGUUGCUGGGCCCUGAUGAGCUUGUCUGAUCAGUUUGGUAGCAGAGAAUCUUCUUUACCAACCUAUGCCUUAUCUCCUUUCUACGAGGGAAUUAUUUCGGCUCUCAUGGAAACUACGGAGAGGUCAACCAAUGAAUCUAACUCGCGAACAUCUGCUUAUGAAUGCAUCUCCACUCUGGUGCAAGGGGCCGCAUUGGACUGUUUUUCGACCAUCCAAAAGCUGACGGUCACUAUACUUGAUAGAUUGGACGCUACCAUUCAAGCAACAAAUCAAAUUAUAGGCAGUGACGAACGUCAUGCUCAUUCAGAACUUCAAUCAAAUCUUUGUAGUGUCUUAACGAGCAUAAUCCGCAAAUUGAAGCAAGAAGUGGUGCCAUUCGCCGAUAGAAUUAUGACUACAUUAUUAUCCUUGUUUACUUCAUCAACAAAACAUUCGACAACAUUGGAAGACGGAUUCUUAGCUGUAGGUGCCAUCACUACAGCUGUGGAAGCUGAUUUCGUCAGAUAUCUUGAUGCUUUCGCGCCAUUCCUUUAUGCUGCGCUUUCGAAUCACGAGGAAUAUGCUCUUUGUUCGAUUGCCGUUGGACUUAUUGGUGAUAUCUGUCGUGCCCUCCAAGAGGCAUCAUUGCCAUAUUGUGAUACAUUUAUGAACAUGUUAUUGCAAAUGCUUCAA